AUGGAAAAAUUCUGUUUAAUUGCUGGAGAUGUGAUGGACGAGCGACCUGCUUACCCCUCUCAUUCUCUCUCACCAUCAGCAUCAUCAAGAAUUGCACCAACUCCCAAUGGUGUGGCCAUUGGUUUAGAUGAUGAUGUGAUGGCAAUAAAGGAUAGGCUUUGUGGUCUCUCUUCCAAACUCAAACUCAUACCCAUAUUGGGAAUGGGUGGCAUUGGCAAGACCACUCUUGCUAGAACUGUUUAUGAAGAUCCAUUAAUCAUGUAUCGUUUUCAUAUUCGUGUUUGGCUUACAAUAUCACAAGAUUACAAUGCACGGAAAGUUCUUUUAAGUCUUGUAGAUUCGAUGAAACUGAUGGAAGAACAUAUGCCAAGAUUAGAGAUGGAUGAUGUUUCAAUACUGGCGGAGAAAGUGUAUAAAAACUUGAAGGGUAGGAAGUAUCUCGUGGUAAUGGAUGAUGUGUGGAGCACAAAGGUUUGGGAUGAUGUAAGGAAUGUAUUUCCGGAUGAUGGCAAUGGAAGUCGAAUCAUGUUAACUACAAGGCUAGCGGAUGUUGUCAAAUGA